AUGGCGUUCAAGCUUUACCACUACGAUCCUUCCGCAAUUGCGGCUGUUACGUUUGCUGUAAUUUUCGGGUUAACCACAGUUUUCCACAUAUGGCAGAUGGCAAAGGCAAGGGCUUGGUUUAUGACUGCCUUCAUUAUCGGUGGCUUUUUCGAGGCUAUUGGCUACCUCUGCAGAUACAUCAGUGCAAAGCAGACCCCCGACUGGACGACAAAGCCGUAUAUAGGGCAGAGCCUGCUGCUUCUCCUUGCUCCAGCGCUGUUCGCUGCGUCUGUGUACAUGAUCCUUGGCCGUAUUAUUCGACUGCUGAACGCUGGCUCCCUCUCGUUGGUCCGUCCGAAUUGGCUGACCAAGGUCUUUGUGACUGGUGAUGUUAUCUCCUUUCUGAUGCAGUGUGGAGGUGGUGGCUUGCUUGCGGGUGCCAAAGACCAGGACAAAGUCAACAUGGGAGAACAUAUGAUCAUUGGUGGUCUGUUUGUUCAGAUUCUGUUCUUCGGCUUUUUCAUGAUCGUCUCGGUGAUUUUCCAUCGCCGUAUGCUUGCAACGCCCAUGCAUCACCUGAUGUCCACAAAGCUACCAUGGAAUCACUACAUGAAGAUUCUGUACACGGUUAGCGUUCUCAUUAUGAUUCGAUCUGUAUACCGUGUGGCCGAAUAUGUGCAAGGAAGCGACGGGUAUCUUCAGAGCGAGGAGGUCUUUAUUUAUGUUUUUGAUGCCGCACUAAUGUUCGCAUGCUGCAUUACCCUUAAUGUCUCCCACCCAAGCAAGCUUUUGUCCCACACACAGGGGGGUAACAAAGUGGAUUCUGAUCUUGAGAUGCUGAACCCGGAGCGGGCAUAG